AUGGCCUGCAUCGGGGGCAAUUCCGCUGAUAAGGUUAUGACUCCACAAAUGGCGUGCAAGUUGGACAAAAGAGGUUCUGCGAACACCAUAGUAGAACCUUCCGAGCAAUCAACUGCGGUCAAGACUAUUCAGAACAGGAAAGCCGACUCUCCGGGUGCCGAUACUUCUGAUAGUGAUGAUAAUGAUAAUGACAUUGGUGAUGACGCGGGUUACGAUACCGAUGAAUUCGAUCCUGGCACCAAUAACAAGCAAAUCCAGCGUUCUCAAAUAGCAAGACCAUCCCGAGCUAGGACUGGGCGUCCUCACCCAAAUGGCCGCUUCGUAGGUCGCCAACUUGUGAUGUGGCAUCGGCCUCGAAUGAUCGAAAAGUUGCUUCUGCAUGUGCAAUAUGAAUGUCAGCGUGCCGGGCUACCGAUCCCCUGGGAUAAGGUGGUGAAACGUCUGACUCCUGGCUCAAGUGGUACUGCGGCCGUCCAACAUCUAAACAGAUUGCGAGACGUUAUAGUUAGUGAAGGCCACAUGGUUCCGCCUCUACUGGGCAAGCUGGGUACUGCUCAGGAUCCAAGAAUUAGGGGGUACAUUCGUGACAUGGAUGAGGAGUCUCCCAUAGCAACUCGCAUCGUUGACUGGAACGAAACUAUCGAGGACCGUAAGGAAAAUCUUGUGGUCCCAGGUGUCGUUCGCGGGUCAGGAAACUACCGCCGGAGAAGGCAGCAACAGACAGAGAUAAAGACUGAACCGACUGGUGAUGAACCGUUCAACUCCGAGUCAGCCAACAUCAAGCAGUCUGGGGGUGGGCGCCGCAGCCGUCUCCCUAAGAAGCUUCAAGAAGACCGCAGCAUUGCCAAUGCACGUAAGGCUAACCGGCCGCCGUCGAAGGCGAAGCGUGCGACGAAAGGCAAGGCCGAUGCUACCACUACCAAUGUCCAAGAAGUUGGUGCCACUGAGCUUGAUUCGGACGAUGACUAUGACCCUAAGGCGACCCAGAAACCUAAGGCCCCUCGUCGACGAUCGACCAGAACACCUAUCAAGGUGGAAUAUCAGUCGGAGUCGGAGCAUGAUCAGUCCAGCAGCGACGAUGAACCCGGAAAUGAAGCUAAAACCAGCAAUGAAGCCCUCGGCGGCAACGAAAGAGAUUCUCCUGCCACUCCAGCAAAGUCCUACUCCAGCGACGAUGGCCUUAUGACACCUCCAGCAAGCGCUCUUCCCAUCGUUAAGCUCUGUCUCGACCCUAGCAUACUUGCGCGCUUCCCAGCGGGAGUUUCAGGCGGAACUCCCGCGAAGUUGAUCGAGACACCAGUGCAGCACGGAAGUCUCAAACACUCGUUCAGUAACGGGUCAGAAGAUGAAUUGCUCGACGUUAGCCCUUCCAUACUGAGGAGCAAGAAGGUCGCAAAAUUGAGGCAUGGCAAUGUUGGUCAAUACUCAAACGGAAGGGCCGAUGCACCAACCUCUGGUACAAGAGCUGAGCUGAUGAGAAAUGAGCAAAUGUACACCCCCAAGCCUAACGCCAAGAACACGGCCGAUAAUAAACCCCGAAAUCCUCCACCAAAGAUGGAGCCCCUCAUUAGGUAUGACCAGGGACAAGUCAAGUAUGGUAAAUCCUUCCCGCUUAUGUCGAGAAGUCUCCAUGCUCGUACUGGCAGUUCGAAUUCUGCAACAAAGCCUUACGAUCUGGAUCCAAUGAACGCUCUCAUCCAGCAGAAUCCUCUGACAAGCUUGAACUUCGCCGCCCGUCAGGCUCCUAUGAAUGGAGGGUAUGGAGUGCCUAACUUGAGUAAUUUUCAGUCGGCCGCCACCAGCAUGGCGUCCCAUUGGAAUGGCCGUCACAGUACCAGUGCAUCGCAGUCGCAUGGACUUCCUAAUUAUUCAUACCAAAUGCCGCUAUACAGCGAUGAUAGCUUGGUCGACUUUCCAAACUCGAUACAUGGCAAUUCUUGGCCUAGCAGUGCUUCAUACCAUCCCACACUAUUGAAUCAGGGUUGGGAAGACGCCGAAGGGAAUGGUAAUGAUGCUCAUGUCCACAGUACACCAACCAGUCAUCGUACCAGCAGCAACGCAGUGGGCAGUACCAUGACAAAAUACAAAAAUGCCCAUCCCGACGACAUGUCUUCGAGGACAUGCUCCAGCCCUAGCUCUGUGCAGUGGACUCCUUCUGGGCAGACCUGCCUUUUCGACGUAGAUGACAUGCUGAUGCAAUCGCCACCGCACCGCAGCUUCCCCACUCGCACCCCUCCGACUACUGAUGGUGGCAAUGGUAUUUCCUCGGGGAAACACCCGUCAUACGGUUCCAGUUUCUUCUAA